UGCCCGCCACCGCCUCCUCCUGCCCGGGCCAGGAUGCGGAGAUGCGCUAGCGCCUGGGGCGGCGGCGGCGAGGGGGCAGGAGCCCUUGCCUGGCGGGUAUAAAGAGGCACGGCCAGGCCGCUCCUGCGCUCACACCCCGGGAUGGAGGCGCUGGACGGCUGCCCGUUCGCGCCCUCUCCGGCCGCCUUCUUUUACGAGGGCUCCGCCUGCCUGCCUUCGCCCGAGGCCGAGCCGGCCUCCGCCUCCUCCUCCGCGCCCCCGGCCGACGAGGAGCAGCACGUGCGGGCGCCCAGCGGGCCGCACCAAGCCGGGCCCUGCCUGCUGUGGGCUUGCAAAGCUUGCAAGAAGAAGUCCAGCACAGGCGACCGGCGCAAGGCGGCCACGCUGCGCGAGAGGCGGCGCCUGAAGAAGGUCAACCAGGCCUUCGAGACCCUCAAGCGCUGCACCGCCGCCAACCCCGGCCAGCGGCUGCCCAAGGUGGAGAUCCUGCGCAACGCCAUCCGCUACAUUGAGAGCCUCCAGGAGCUGCUGCGCCAGCAAGUCCACCACUACUACUGCCUGCCCGGGCCCAGCGGCUCCGAGCCCGCCAGCCCCACCUCCAGCUGCUCCGACGGCGCGGCUGAAUGCAACAGCCCCAUGUGGUCCACGAGAAACAGCUCUUACGACAAUGUGUACUGCUCUGAUCUCCACAACGUCUAUUCCUCAGAGGCAACAACGGCUCUGUCCAGCCUGGAUUGUUUGUCCAGUAUAGUGGAUCGAAUCUCUUCCUCGGCUGAGCCGGAGCUGCCCUUACAGGACACAACUUCCCUUUCUCCCAGUGCCAGCCCUGAAUCCCAGCCAGGCACUCCAGAGACGCCUCAUCCCAGGCUCAUCUAUCAUGUACUAUGAGCUGCCUGAGAUUUGAAACCAACCCGGAGGACUUUGGAUAUGUCAAAGCACUUGCAGCAGCAGCCGGCUGAGAGCUGUCCAUUGAAAUAUGAGGACCCUGGAAUUCCACUGCCGCCAGAAUAUGUAUAUAGGGGAGAAGCCACUUUAACAUGUGUACAUUUGUGAAUAUCUUUAUAAGGGGAUUAAAAUGUAUUUAACCAAGCCUCCAUAUUUUAAUAUUCUAUAAAAUAUAAUUGUCUUUAAAUCAUAUCACAUUAAAAUCUUAGUUAUCGUAAAUUUGGAAGUAAUAUACACAGUAAUAGCUCAGAUAUGAAAUUCUUCCUCCCUGCAUAAAAUUUGUUAAAUUAUAUUUUUAUGUGUGUAUUUUAGCUCCUAAGGACAGCCCAUAACAUUAAUGUAGUGCCAGCCAAGGCAAAAUAAGGUAAUCUGUCUUGAGGAUAAUAUUUUUGGUUUCUAUAGGAAGACAGUGAAUUGCCAAUUGUUUUGUUUAUCAUUACAUUUUUACAACUGGUUUUGCCUAUUUUUUGCCUUAAGCAUCAUGAACAGUUUAUGCCUUCUUAAUCAUUACACAAAAUACUUUAGAAAUUAAGUAACACUGAACAGUGUUUAUUUCCAUUUUGGCUUUCUCUCAGUAUAUGUUAGCCCGUGAGUCCUUUCAUAAAAUUAAAUGAGUGGACAAAAACUGGAAUUGCGAAGCUGAUUCUGGCUCUUAUUUUCACAGUCAUACUUUCAAUAAAUUUUAUCUUCUGAAUA